AUGAAAAGCGACUCUCAAGUAGCAAGCCUCGAGCUAAGGUUAAUCGAGCACCUUUGGGGUUGCAAUUCUAAGACUAGUGGACCCAUCGCCGAACUGGAGGCUUGCAUUCGAGACUAUAUACCUCCCGGUGGGUACUCUUUGGACUGCCCGAGAGAACGUGUCACACUCACGAAACAGCCUGAAUUCUUGCUGUCUAGAAAAGGCGCUCUACUGGGAGUGCAUGCUACUUGGGACGACAUCAUCUUAUGGCCUGUCGAUCAUCAGGGUGAGGUUAUUGUCCUUGAGCCCGGCUGUGACGCUCGAGGGAGUCUUUAUGUUUACGACUCUGAUGGUGACAGACUGUUGGUUUUAUAUGAUAACAAUACGAGAUUGAUGAUGCACUAUGUUGGCGAGAAAAGUAGAGCGCCUAGUGUUGUUGCUGUGAAGGGCAUCCCUUCAACUGUUUCUAAUGGGAGUAUAGCAUUCGGUGAUGGUUGUUUGUACUGUACAUUCACACAGAGGAACGUUCUAGAAGUGUACUGUGUGCGAGUCGAAGGAAGCGGUGGUUCAGCUGUUGCUCGCAUGGUCUGGUCACAUACCGUUGCGGCUAAUACGUCGUGCCCACCUAAUGUUAAAUGCCGAGCUACUGAACCAGGAGUGAUCGAUGUAGUGUUCAGAGCUAGAGUUGAUGGUUUCCGCCUGGCCAAGCUCCACUUUAGCACUGAGGAUGAUUCGCCGAUGCUUCUUAGAUCGAUUACCUCGACUCUACCAGAACUCGAUGGACGACUUCAGAAUCUCGAUCCCCAGUAUGUUGGUCUCAUCGGUGACAACUGGAUCGGAGCUCUGGGUGAACGCCUUUCCACUAGUCCCAACUCUGCCGGAGGGAAAUCUCAUUGGUUUAUGGUUGUCGGCAAGAAUGGUCAUUUCGUGGGAUGUGCUAUGAAGGGCGCCGGCUCUAUCGAUAUUAAACAGAUUGUUACCGGUGUUAACGACACUGUGUUCAUCUCGGUCGAGACUAAACCCACGAGUUUGAGUGCAUGGAAAUCAGACUGGACCCCUAGCGGCUCGGCUGGUGCAGUAAGCUGCGACUUGCACGCUCUUCGUGUUUACCGACGAGACGUUGAACGAUGAAAUGAUGGUUACUUUUGAAGAGUUUUGUCUAUAGAAAUCUCGGGCAGUAUUUUACACUUAUAACGUAAGCCCCGCUGUAGAUGAAGCGCCCCUGCUUGUUGUAGCAGGCUAACUGAAAAUCUCACUUUG